AUGAUAGACAAGGAAGGGGGCCCCCCUAAGGGGCCUUCGAAUGCAGCAGCAGCGCAUGCAGCAGCAGAAGCAGCAACGCAUGCAACAGCAGCAACGCAUGCAACAGCAGCAAAGCAUGCAGCAGCAGCAACGCAUGCAGCAGCAGCAGACCAUGCAUCAGCCGCGACGACCAAUGCAGCAGCAACGCAUGCAGCAGCAGCAGCAACGCACGCAGUAGCAACGCAUGCAGCAGCAGCAACAACAAAUGCAGCAGCAACGCAUGCAGCAGCAACGCGAGCAGCGGCAAUACAAGCAGCAACAGGUGCACAAGCAGCUUCUAAACACGCAGCAGCAUCAGAGGCAUCGUCAGCACCACAUGCAGCAUCAGCAGCAAAUGCAGCAGCAGCAAAUGCAGCAGCAGCAAAUGCAGCAGCAGCAGCAAAUGCAGCAGCAGCGGAUGCAGCAACAGAGGAAGCAGCAGGAUAUGCAACAGAGACGGGGGCCCCAAAGAAGAGAGGCAGUCAUGUUUUUUUAGGUGUAGCUGCAGCAGGUGCUGCAGUGUUGCUGCUGCUGCUGCUGCUUUCUGGUGGUGAAGUAUUUGAGCAGGUGCUGCAGGAGGAGUUGCUGCGCGAUUCUGCUGCUGCAGCAGCAGCAACAGCAGCAGCAGCAGCUGCUGCUGCUGCUAAGGGCAUCUUGCGGUGGCGUGCUCCUGUUGCAGACUUGCUGCAGGAGCAGGUGCUGCAGCAGCAGCUACUCCACCACGACUUGCUGCCCCUGCAGGAGCAGCAGCAGCAGGAGCAGCAGGAGCAGCAGCAGCAGAUUGUAAGAGUAGACGGUGCAGGUUUUCCUAUGCUUCCACCUAAAGAGGGUGCUUCGAGUGUAUCUGAGCAUCCGCUGCUGCUGCAGCACACAAUGCAGCAGCAGCAACAGCUGCUGCUGUUGCUGCAGCUACAGCAGCAGCAGCGGCGGCGACGCGCAGCAUCAGAUGCGAGGGCAGCGCCCUCAAUGCGCGUUUUACAGUCUUUAGUUCAAGCGCAUGCAGGCGCCCGAGCUGCAGCAGCAGUAGCAGCAGCAGCAGCAGCAGCAGCAGCUCCAGCAGCAGCAGCAGCAGCGGAAGACGAAGAAGAUAUUGAAGAAGCUCUGCUGCGAGAGGGCUGGGGGGUUGAAGCAAAUAAAAGGUUAAAGACAAUUCGUCUACCUAAAGAUUUGCGUGAAUUGCUGCUAAGCGAGGGUGGCGUGGGGCUGCAAGAACUGCUGCUGGAGGCGAGCAGCAGCAGCAGCCGCAGCCGCAGCCACCGCAUGCGCAUCAAGGGCCGCAGCCUAAUCCCUCGUCCCCCCAGCAGCCCCACAACCACCCCCAGCAGCAGCAGCAGCAGCAGCAGCAGCAGCAGCAGGAGCAGGAGGAGAGGGAUGCAUAUAAGCUGGCUGGGGCAGCGUUUGCUGGGUGUAGAUGUAGAAAGCAGCGGGUUGACUCCUCGGCGUUUAUUAUCAUCGUCAGUUUAUCUUCGAGCAUAUAAGCAGAUAAGCGAAGCAGUGCAGGCACAUAGGUUAACAAGAGCUGUAAAAGUAGGGGGUCAAUACUUAUACCCUUGGAGUGUAUUCACAUCUAGAGAAAGAGAGCAGCUUAGACUGAUGGCCGAUCAGCUUAAAUGGCUGCCGAAGUGGAUCAAGAAUCAUAGAGUAGCUAGACGACCUCCUGCUGCAGUUUUAAAGAAUUAUCUUCCUGUGCAGAAGCCUUCGUUUGGCGACAAGUACGGGGGCCCCGGACCAGCAGCAAUGGGUGCAGCAGCAGGGGUUCGAUACACCUGGUUAGGGCAUGCAAGCGGUGUAUUAUCAAUAGACGGCCUGAAUAUUCUGAUAGAUCCUGUAUUAGGCGAUGAUAUUGUAGGGGCUAUGAGCGAAUUAGCUAAAAGAGUUGUCAAGUUUGUUAAUACAAAGUUCUGCGGUAGCCUAGGCGAAAGGCUAAGAAGGGCACCUAUAAGGAUAGGCGAGCUGCCCUCAGGGCUUCAUUUAGUUAUAUUAUCACAUAAUCAUCAAGAUCAUAUUAUGGAGGGUGAUAUCAUACAGCUUUGCAAGACUCAUAAAGCUAGGUUUAAACAUAUUAUGUUCUACGUGCCGGAGGGUGUUGCUUGGUUGUUUGUUAAGCACGGAUGCUCGCCUAAGAGGGUCUUUGAGUUCACCUGGGGCGAAACACGUACUAUAUCUUGUACACCUAGACGAGGUGUAUAUACAUGCAUGGACGGCGUUUGGUCAAAGUACUCCUCUUCUCCUUCAUCUCCUUCUGCUGCUGCUCCACCUGCUGCUGCUGCUGCUGCUGCUGCUGCUGGUGGUGGUGGUGGUGCUGGUGGUGCUGCAUCCAAUGGGGGGAGUAGUCGUCAAGGGUUUGCUGCUGCAGCUGCUGCUGGGCUCAGCAACAGCAACAGCGGCAAUAGUAAUAGUAAUUACGGCAACAGCAGCAGCAACAGCAGAUAUCGCUCGCCUUAUCUUUAUUCGAGACGUUAUAACACCACAGUGUCUGAUG